AUGGCGCAGCAACAGGCAGACAAUGUUAUGCGAAGGAAGCUGGUUAUAAUAGGGGAUGGUGCCUGCGGGAAGACUAGUCUUCUCAGCGUCUUCACACUCGGUUAUUUCCCUACGGUGCCUACGGUAUUCGAGAACUACGUCACAGACUGUCGGGUGGAUGGACGAUCAGUACAGCUCGCCCUGUGGGAUACGGCAGGACAAGAAGACUAUGAACGGCUUCGCCCCUUAGCAUACUCAAAAGCACACGUUCUCCUAAUCGCGUUUUCAGUCGAUACUCCAGAUUCCCUGGAAAACGUUAAACACAAGUGGAUUGAGGAGGCAAACGAACGUUGUCCAGAUGUUCCUAUCAUACUUGUAGGACUGAAGAAGGACCUCCGUGAAGAUCCUCUUGCUAUCGAAGAGAUGAGGAAGAAAUCACAGCGCUUCGUCUCUCCAAGAGACGGCAGUGAGGCCGCAGCAGAGAUUGGAGCUAGGAAAUACCUCGAAUGCUCCUCUCUCACAGGCGAAGGCGUCGACGAUGUGUUCGAAGCCGCCACCCGCGCGGCACUCUUAACAUUCGGGAAGGCAAGAGGCCCAUGCUGUGUGAUCUUAUAA